UAAACAAUAACAAACAAAAAAAAAAUUGAUGUUUCAAUAUGUUUGCAUACGCGUUUAGUAUAAUUCGUACACGAGUACCUAGUACAUUUUCACUUAGAUUUUAAAUCUAGACGAGACGUAAAAAUGUACCACAAUUUAUUGGUUUCAAUUGUAAUUGCUGCGGUUGCCGUUACACGAGUACAACAUGGAUUUAGGGUAAGGGCGAUGCCGGAGCCGCUGACACCAGACCAACUCGACCUGGUCGACGGUGUUUAUCGACAACAAUAUUGGAACAAUGAUUUGUGGUUUACCUCGGUGAAAGACGAAGGAGACUGGACGGCCGUGGACGUUUUAUGCAAUCGACGAUCUACGAUCGAGGGAUGGAAGCAGCUGCACUCGAUGCCUGUGAUGAUGGGAUGCAAAUACGGUGUAAAAUUCCAUUGGUUUCUCUCGUUGGCCCUAAUUGCCAUUGGCGAGUGCAGCGAAUUGUCGCGAAAGCAAGACGGCAACACUGGUCAUUGCUGGUACAAACUUGUACAGGGUCUCCAAGAGGGUUCGUACACCAUGUUGGAGGUGAAGAGCGCAUUAAGUUACAUCCAUUCCACUAUCGGCGACGAUAUCGAUUCGGAUGUAUUCUACCAAAUCGUGUCGACCGUCAGAGAUUCCAUCAACCAACACAGCGUCUCCGAAUGCACCGUCUCGCUACCGAAAUGCCUCGGUUACAUGCAGCUGAUGACAGACCAUACGGUUAAUUUGGGAAUUUUUUUGAGUUCCAACUGUCGACCAGAGUACCCGCGGUUGAAUAUGAACGAAUUAUCAAAUUUCAGUGAAAGGCGAAUCCCCAGGGCUCACAUCUAUCGUUUGUAUGUAAUCGAAAUGAAAGCCUACAUGGAAGACGUAAGCGCUCAUUUAUUCGAUAUGGGUUUCAGGAUUGAAGACGGAUUGGGCAAUUUAUAAUACUUUUACAUUAAAUAGUUCAUAGAUCUAAUAGAUACUCAUUUGUUUAUGCCACGUUAAAUGUAUAUUGUUUUUAACUUAUAAGGUUAAAAUAAGCUUCUUCUUUACAAUAUCAUUUUGAAGCCAAUAUGGACCUAUGGUAUUAUUCAAUAACUUCCAACACCAAAACAAUUCAAUCCUUCCAGUCUAUACGCCUCAGAAUAAUUACAAAAGCCCCUUGGUACAUUUUGAAUAAUGUUUCACCUCACUCCGACCUCAAGAUAGCCAGGCGACUUAAAAGAAACUGAGCCCGAGAUCUGCUCAAGAACGACUAAAAUUAAUGUUCUUUUAUCUUAUUAGGUGUUUCAAUUGUGAGAUUUCCUACUCAUGUCUGUUUUUCUUUCUUUGUAGCCAACCAAUUUACUAAUUGUGCAAAUUAUUGUAUAGAUUGUAAAUAUUUUGUCAAAUAAUAAAGAUGAUUAAUAACUAAAACA